GUUCGCGGCAGCGGGCGGCUCGCGGAGCUCGGGAACGCGGGCGGUUUCAUGGGCCACGUCCUGGUGGUCACUGGCGCCCCGCACGGCGUGGCGCGCGGCUCCCGCGCCGCGGCCGAGCUCGCGGGCGCCUGGCCUGCCGGCGGCGUCUCGGAGCUGUGGCAGCUGCCGGUCGUGGAGAGCACCCGCCGCGAGUCGGGGCUGUACGAGUCCAGCCAGCUGAUGUGCGUAGACCGGCGCACCCGGCAGCUGCUGCUGGUGGGCGAGAUCGGGCCCACGGGCGAGCUCAGAUCAGCACCUGCGACCCAGAGCCCACGGAGCUCUGGCAGUGCCCGGAGGAGCUGCGCAGGGACAUGCGCGUGGACGUGAUGAUGCAGGUGCUGGCCGACAUGAGGUCGCACCAUGGCCAGGCGAACUGGAGCGCAGGCACCGCCUUCCGGGCCAUCGUCAAGCCCGCGGCCAUGACGGCUAGGCCAGCCAGCGCGGACACGCUGAAGGAGAUCCAGUCGUGCUGGGCGAAGGCGCCCAUCUGCACCUCCGUCGUGAUCGGCUUCUGGCAGAGGUACCUUUCCAGGCUGGCGGGCGCGCGGGACGGUCCGCUGGCGGCCGCCCUGGGCAGCGGGCCAGAGCUGGCACCGGGAGAGUCGGUCCAGUACUGGAGCGCCAGCAGGAGCCAGUGGAUCCAGGCUCCGCUGCAGUCUCGGGGGGAGGGUUGGGGGAUUUCUCCUCCUCCCCCUUUCCUCUCCCCCUUUCUGCCUCCCGCCUCCUCAUCCCUCCCUCCUCCAGCCUCACCUCCACCUCCUCACCUGGGGUUUUAG